AUGAGCGCGCCAACAUUUGCGGAAGACCCUGUUACACAGCGGCCAGCUCUCCAGAGUGCGGACUUUCGUCUUACGGUUCGCCAGAACCCGGAGCGGGCCCGUGUAGCAGGAGGAAAAGAGAAAGAACGCAAAGCGGUGGACCCUCCACCUAUUAUCCAACUGAAAAUCGAUGAAUCGAAGGACCCUGGGCAGAACUAUUUGCAAAGUCCGUUUUAUUUUAUGUGCUGCACCCUCUACAAUGCGACAGAGGAUACACCCGCCACGACAGCUCAAUCUACGGCGCUCGCGGGGACUUUAGUGUCCUCCCUCCAUCGACUUAAGGACACCGAUAAUAUGGGUGGUUUUUUCGUCUUCGGCGACCUUUCUGUUAAGAUUGAAGGAGAAUUUAGGCUGAAAUUUAACCUGUUUGAGAUGCGAGAGUAUGAUCCGCGUGGAAUCGAUCUUAUUGACGUGACUGCUGACCUUGUUGAUAGAGUGAAGAGAUGUGGCGGCUCGAGAGAUGAAGUCGUUUACAUAAAAUCGAUCCUCUCUAAACCAUUCACUGUGUUACCCCCCAAAAACUUCCCUGGGAUGACCGAGUCCACAUGGCUUUCAAGGUCUUUUGCGGAUCAAGGAGUUAAGCUGAGAAUUCGGAAGGAGGCCCGUACACUUCUAAAACGCCCAUUGAAUCGAGCGGAAUCAGAUUACCCAGCCCCGCCGACGCAGCCUCGUACGCCAGAGCGCUCCGGCGCAUCCAGUCAGCAGAUAGUAGCUGCUUACCAGACAAACCGAGACUACCCUUUUUACAAUGGGCCAGACGCCAAGCGUCCACGGAGUUCAGUUGAUAUGAGUGGUCGAGGCUUGUACGAAGGAGAUGCUCGAUACUCGUACCCACCGCAUGCCGCCAAUCCAUACCAAGGUCAGACGUACCAACAAGGCAUGAUGCAAGGCUAUCCUACUGCUGGAGCUGGGGUAUCCGACUAUGCCAUUCGACAGGCACAACAGGGAUCUACACCGACACCGUUUGGUUCAGCCGAUGAAUCUAUUGGAUCUAUCCGCUCGCCUGGAGCGGGUGGGUACAUAGGUCAACCUCGAUACCAGUCAUACUCGGGCGCUCAAAUGCCAUACAAUCUUGCUUCUUCAACACAAAUGUCACAGAUGGGCGAAUCCACCCCAGGCCGGACCGGCCAGGCAGCAAAUAUGGGGGGAAUCGUUUCUGGUUCCGCCGGCAUGGGGAUGAUGCCCCAAGCGUACCAACGAUCGCAGUUCCAACCCGCGGGUUCAAACACCCUACCUCCCUUGCAAUCGAACCGGCAAGCAGCUCCGUCGAACAGUAACGGCAAUGCGCGGGCGUAUUACGAUCAAUCCAUACAAGGAACUCCACCAAUUCUCCCUUCUCAGCCGGGUCCCUCGACAAAUGGCGAUAGAUACGGGAGCGACGGCCAGGUUGCUUUUGGUGCUCCUGUUUCCAUACUCAUCCGCUUGGAUAGAUUUUCACGGAAGGUGUCAAAGGGAGAAGGGACUGGUCCUGUUGGGAAUAAUACAGUUAUACCUGGUGCCUUAGGACUUACGGAUCUUGUGUUUAUGCUAUUUUUAAUUUCACGGGGUGUUCAUGAAAAUUGCAUUUUUUUCUUACCUCCCUUUCUUGUACAAUCUCCUGCCCUGUACAAGCUUGGGCCAUCGCCAGGAACACGCGCUAGGCAAUCCAAUGCGCGUUGUUAUGGUGGAGUGAGAAUCAGCGACGCUUCAGUUGGUGCAAAACGACGUGCAGAACCGAGUGGGGUAAACAUCUAUGAUAUCGACAUAAUGGCGUUAGAGACUCUCUCUCAACCACCAAUCAAUCGUAUUGAUUUGAGCGGUGAGUGGGAUGGUAACCCGGGAAGCGAAAUUGCUCUACACGCGAAUAUCGAGUUCAUCUCUGCGCCAAAUACAAGAUUACCUCUGCUUGACUUGAGCAAUGGUGUUGAGUUGUUACAGUAUGAUGGCCCGACCGAGAUGCCGGAGAAUCGCCCCUAUCACCUUGCGGAGAUCAGUGAUGAAAAGUCCAAUGGAUCAACUAGGGGCGGAGGAAGCGGUAGGCAGUAUCUCGACAUCUUAAAAGGGAUUGCGAACGGGGGAACUGAGUCAUUAUCUGACACGCCACGGACCUUAUACCGGAAGGGAAUGGAGCUGUGCCCCUCUUCUACAAAAAGAAGGCUCUUUCCCCCUAGCCCAACAAGCACCGUCAGUCGAAUGCCUUCGUUUGAUGACCUGGCUCCAGGGCUCGAAAUUGGACUUUUGUCUAUCGGCGUUGAUGAAGAUGACGGCCUCGAUGGUGAAGGUAGCAAGAGUACCGAUGUUUCACCAGUGGGCAUUUCAGAAAGUAGUGGCACUAAUUCUGCGGCUCAAAACCUUCGUCUGAGUGAUACAUAUAAUCGAGAAAUGUCAUCAUUGUCUUCCGCUGCCAUAACCCCAAAGUCUGAAAAAAGGGUAGUGAGCAGGAUACCUGUUAAAUCGCAGCGGUUGGCAAGGCCUUCUGGCGCAUAUGAAGAGUUUUCGCAUUCGUCGGAGUCCGAAGGUAAUUUGAGGAAUACCUCCGUUUCCUCAUCCAAGACAGAGAGUCCUCCAUCUGAGACAAUUCCUACCCAAGGAAAUGAAAUGCCGCCUAUGAAACUGUCGACUCCUAGGAACGAGCAGUUUUCGCCAGUGGAGUUGUCGCAUACGCUGUCCGCUGAUUUGACUAAACGUUGGGUGGAUCAGAGGUCACCGCAAUCCCCUACUAGAAACUUUUCAAAUGGAGUAGGGGGGCAUCCUCUUUUUGACCGCCAUACUUCUCCGCAGUCUGAGCUGGGAGGCUCCCGAUUCCAUGCUCAAUAUUCUUUGCAAAGCCACGCUGCAAUUUUCUCUCAAGAAGGCGAACCUAACCUAAAAUACAGCGAUAAACACAGCGAUAAGUCGAUGUACGUUUCAACCUGGCUCGGGAAAGAUGAGUGCAAUGGACUCGCGAAGGAGUACCAUCAAUCCCAAUUAUUGUUCCCUACUGGAUACUCGACAGAACCUUCAGAAAACAACAAUGAGAACAGUCCCACAAAUGUUGAGAGCCAUACUCACAACACCGAUAGACCACGGCAAAGCGAGACUCAUAAGCCUGUCAUUCUACCAAGUCCUUCCCCAUCAUCUCAACAGGGAAUGCCAUGGAAUUCGGCAGAAGAAUUGGCCAGGAAACGCGAUUCAGGAACGAAUCUGGACACGGCAUCCACUAUUCCAGAACCGGAACUUGCAAUAGUGGAAGAAGUUGGCAAAGACUUUUAUAUUUUAUCUCCAGAAACAUCUGUGCCAAAGGUGUAUAUUAUAGAAUUCGAUUUUAAAGUACGAUUAAGCACCUUGCAGCCAGGCGGCUGGCAACUUCUGAAAAUACCCGGUUUACCGGUUUAUAAACAAGGAGGCAAAGGAACUGUUAAAUUAACUAUCCCCAGUAGUUCAACUAGGAAAAAGUUGGACUGUGGAAAUGAGGGUUUUCUGAGUUUAGAACGCGACGGCGCCGGUUUUAUUGCGGAUUUCGAUAUCGCCGAGCCGUUGGUUGUAUCAAUGCGAGCGGUAGAAUUACUAUCAAGUGAGUCGCGCGAUAAACGUAUCUUGAACCAUGAAAUCAGAGUGGCUUUGAGGUGUCACCAAAAAGUUGUGGAGUACACUGCUAUUUGUGCAUUGUCCUUUUAUCAGAAGAUUCUCUGUGCCGAUGAGGGUUCUAUUGCAGUUAUUAUCAGUGACGGUCCUGUCGGGGAUUUUGAAUGGAUAAUAGAGAAUGGCAAUAGGGAUUUCCAUGUGGAUCAAAGGGUGGCAAAUGCCAGUGAUCUUGGGACAACGAAGAUUAGGAUUUUCUGUAAGGGAAAUGAGCUUGAUGGAUGCUUUCGUAUAACCUGGGAAGUUCCCUUUGAAACACAAGCUUCACAAACUUGGGUUCCGAAACUCUUUUGCGAAAAGCCCGCAACCCAAGCGGAGUAUGUGCCGUCGCUCCGCAGCCAGUGGCGAACGGAAACGCCAGGAACUCCAAUGAUUAGGGCCGACCCGGAGUCUGGGGAAAGCGGCCUUGUUGGGACAGAGAAAUCUGUGAGGGAAUGGGAACAACAUGGUUUUGAAGAUUUAGGUUAUUUGGGACUACCAGCAAUUGAGACGGAAAGCAUAACCUACUGGUGUGUGCACCAGUUGGUUAGGGCCGCCCUUCUCUUCAUGGCCAUUAUAGAGGGAUUGGGUGGUUUUGUUCAAACCUAUCUCGAGGGCGCGGAGGAGGGAGCCUUGAAAAUCACAGCAGCUCAAAUCUCGACCCAUAGAGAAUUUGAUGCCGCUUCUCCAACUGGGAUUGGUGUCGGCAGUGAAGCCGGACAGGCCCAUGUGCACCUCUCGACCUCGAAUCAACCCCAAACAAAGUUGAAAAGUGAUACUAAUAGUUUCACAACCUCAGAGGGCACCACUACCAGUAGAGACAUUGCGAUCCCGGCAAAAGCGUCCCUGCGAGAUCGAAUUGAUAUGUUUUUCGAUCUGCGGACCCCGGGACAAGCCCAUAUCAAAGGUUCAUUCAAAGCGUUUCUGGACUUUUGCAUCUUGAGAAAAGCAAUUGGUCGAAGGUAUUUUUUGGGGGAAUGGGGAAUAAGGUCCGAGACCUUAUUCCACAAUGGCAGCGACUUUCUUGUUAUCGAUUACUUCGUGUCCAGGGCCUUUCCGGGGCAUCCUUUUGGGCAGGAGUACUUCGCACGGAAUAACUGGAGCUUUGCCGUCUGGGAUCGCCUGCAAGAUAUCGUUGUCUCGGCUGCGACAGCUGUCAUUAACAGCAUCUUGGCACCAUCGUCAUUGCUGAAUGACGAAAAGCCAAUGGCGAAUCAAAGAUUUCCUAUGAUCAUAGACACCCACCUCGGGUUGAGUGAGCUACAGCUCAGCUGA